AUGCCCCACGCAGAAAGUAGUAUAGUCCCAUCGGGAAUAACGAGUAAAACGGAUUUUUACAUUCAUGUGAAUGAACAACUCCGAUAUUUAUUAGAAGGGUCGACUUUCUGGAUCUCAAACCUUUCUCAAUUAUCUUCUCUACUAUAUCAUGCAUAUCUCUCUUCUCCGCUUUUUGGUAUAAACCAUUCAAUCCAAUCAAAUCCAAGUACUCCGGUUGUGAAUUGGGUCGGUUUCUAUAUCCUUCACCAAUCUAAAUUAUUCGUAGGUCCAUAUCAUGGUAAACCCGCUUGUUCAGAAAUAAACCUUUUUGGUAAAAGUGUUUGUGCUACUGCUUUUCGUGAUGGUGCGGUGAUCGUCCCUAAUGUCGAUAAAUGGGAAGGACAUAUUGCAUGUGAUGGAGAAACUAAAUCUGAGAUUGUCAUACCUUUAAUCAUCACAUUGAAAGAUGGGAAUUCGAAAAAUAUAGGAGUUUUAGAUCUUGAUUCUACCCUUUUGGAUAAAUUCGAUGAAGAUGAUUUAAAUGGUUUGAGAGGGGUGGUAGAUACUUUAGUUUCCAUGACGGAUUGGGAACCUUGUUUCUCAAUGGUUUGA